UUCGAGCUGGCGGUUCUCUGGAGUCCCCGUGACAUAUUCACUGCAAGCCAGUUCCGCGCCAAUAAAUGCGUUUGCUUGUGUGGCACGGCUACCUUGCUACUGAUUAGCCAGUGUAGAGGGAUCGCAGAUACGGUAAUGACAACUACCAGCAGAUUAUCAGCGGUGCAUAACUCAUCUUCACACAAAAAUCGCUGUACCACAUUGCGUAAAGUGCAGCCAUUAUUACUGAAGAUCAUUGUCAUCGUUAUCCUGGCAACAUCAAAAGGGAGUCGUGCUGGAAGAAUUGUAUACCCGCGCGUAAUUGAGGAGCGGAGCACCCUUGGGAAAGUUGUCGUUCAGGUUACUAAGGAAAUAGUGCUGCAGCUUUUGCAGUAUGAGGCAUUUCUCUCUAGGCUUCGUGUUGACGUCGAAAGAAAUGGUACAAUCCUGCACAAGGUCGUCAAUGGAACUACAGAACAAGAGCACCUUUACGUAGACGUCGACCACAGAUCUUCCGUCCUUUUGUAUAUCCUGGAGGCCGGCGUUCAAAUGAGUGGAAUAAUCAAUGCCCACUUUCGUAUUAGACCUCUGAAGACGAGCAGCCGAACUCUUAGUUUAUCAACGGCACACGAUCUGGAAGAAAUAAAUAUGAUUAAAGUAGACGAUACACAAGAAAGCCGAGCUCCACAAACGCAAAUGCACGGAACAAUCUUCCCGGAAGUGUACAUAGUAGUUGACACAAGCUACGCAAGCGGUGUCUCCAAUCAAGAGCUCGUUCGUUAUCUCACAGUUUUCAUUACUGGGCUUAACAUGAAGCUCCAAGACUUGACACAACCCAGCGUUCAGCUGCGCUUAGUGGGAAUUCUUGUACACGACGCCUUGCGGCGCAGCUAUCACCGGACCAAUGGCAACUUCGUUGAUGCGCUCCAGACGCUUUCAAGGUUUUUUCAAGAAAUCGCCGGGCUCGCUAUUGGCUAUCCUGAUGUAUUCUUGCUACUCACCUCAGAGGACUUGAUUGGUGACGUAGGCGGCACAUGGGACAGAAGGGUAUCAGGUGCUUCGCCCAUCGGAGGAAUGUGCAGUUACGGACAAAAUGCUCUCAUUAUUGAAGAUACUUACGGCUCAUUUAUUGGCCUAGAUGUCGGUGUGCACGAAUUUGGACACAUGUUAGGAGCACCCCAUGACCAGUAUCCUCCUGAGUACGACGGACUUUGUGGAUGGAACCUGGGAUACAUAAUGAGCUACUUGGACGUGGGCGAAACGAAGAACAUGUUUUCACCUUGCAGCAAGUGGUACAUAACAUCCUCAUUGAGGCUGAAACAGCAGCAGUGUCUAGAAAUGAGCUUUAUACUCGACUACCUAAGGUUCCAACCCGGAGUACUGCCCGGAUAUUUGUUUGAUGGCCAAGCAUUCUGCAAAGCGCUGCACCCGGAAGAACCUAGGGUCUACUUUCCCACACAAUCGCAAACGACGCUGUUACAGUGCCGGCUGACAUGCAAUGUUCGUGCUGGCUCUGAUGGAGCCUACACGUACUAUACACACCGUGCACCGGAAGGAACCCCUUGCUACACCGGCGCAGUCUGCAUCCGUGGCAAAUGCCUGCGACCACCUCAUUACGGACGAUAAGCGCUGCACCCAAUCAACCUUAUUUAUUAGGCACAAAAAACAGCUUUACUGAACCACAGCAUAAUGAACAGCCAUCUCAGAAACAACUUCAAGCAACUUCUAACCACCUAAAGCCACCUCAAGGGAAUACAAUUGUCUCAUAAUAACCUUAUGAUUGUACUGCGCAAGUUCUGUAUCGUUUCUUUGGCAGUAUACACGGAAACCUGCGACCCAUGAUACUU